AUGAAGACGUCGAGGAUCAGCCAGCAGAUCGUGGCCACAGACGGGGGCAACAGGAGCAGCUCUGUGGAGCUCACCGUCAUCAUCACCAACGUGCACAACCAGCCGCCCCAGUGGGAGCAGCUAGAGUACUGGGUCACCGUGUCCGAGAACAUCGUUCGCGACGCCAAGAUAGUGACUAUCAAGGCCACCUCRCCGCUGGGUGACCCUAGAGUGACCUAUAACCUUGAGGAGGGUCAGGUGCCGGAGACCAACAUGCCUGUCCGCUACUACAUCAAACCCAACAGGGCUGAUGGCUCUGCAUCCAUACUGGUGGCUGAACCUCUGGACUAUGAGACCACGCGCUUCUUCACACUAAGGGUCAGAGUGCAGAACGUAGCUGCUGUUCCACUGGCCUCUUUUACUACGUCUACGUCAAUGUUACAGAUGUAAACGACAACGUCCCCUUCUUCCUGUCCUCCACCUACGAGGCUACCGUU